AUGUCCAACGGAAAGACUUUCACUCUGAGCAACGGGGUCAAGAUCCCCGCCGUCGGCUUCGGCACCUUCGCCAGCGAGGGCUCCAAGGGCGAGACCUACAAUGCCGUCAUGUGCGCCCUGAAGGUCGGCUACCGUCACCUCGACUGUGCCUGGUACUAUCUUAAUGAGGAAGAGGUCGGUGAUGCUAUCCGUGACUUCCUGAAGGAGAACCCCUCCGUGAAGCGCCAGGAUAUCUUCGUCUGCACCAAGGUGUGGAACCACCUGCACCGCUAUGACGACGUUCUGUGGUCCGUUGAGGACUCCCUCAAGCGCCUGAAGCUGGACUACGUCGACCUCUUCCUGGUCCACUGGCCCAUUGCUGCCGAGAAGGACGGCCAGGAGAAGCCCAAGAUCGGCCCCGAUGGCAAGUACGUCAUCCUUAAGGACCUGACCGAGAACCAAGAGACCACAUGGCGCGCGAUGGAGAAGCUGUACGCCGACGGCAAGGCCAAGUCCAUCGGCGUGUCCAACUGGACCAUCCCUCAGCUGGAGGACAUGGCCAAGUUCGCCAAGGUGCAGCCUCACGUCAACCAGAUCGAGAUCCACCCCUUCCUGCCCAACACCGAGCUGGUCAACUACUGCUUCUCCAAGAACAUCAUGCCCGAGGCCUACUCGCCACUGGGCUCGCAGAACCAGGUCCCCACCACCGGUGAGCGUGUCGCCGAAAACAAGACCCUGAACGAGAUCGCCGAGAAGGGUGGAAACACCCUCGCCCAGGUUCUGAUUGCCUGGGGUCUGCGCCGCGGCUACGUCGUGUUGCCCAAGUCCUCCAACCCCAAGCGCAUCGAGUCCAACUUCAAGAGCAUCGAGCUGUCCGAUGCCGAUUUCGAGGCCGUGAACAAGGUGGCCGAGGGCCGCCACUUCCGCUUCGUCAACAUGAAGGACACCUUCGGCUACGAUGUCUGGCCCGAGGAGACCGCCAAGAACCUUUCUGCUUAA